AUGAGUCACUACAUACGCUACUACGACGAGCAAGUAGGCGGUGGAGGAGUAAGACACGUCUAUUCCGGUUCAACAGCUGUGGACAAAGAGGCUGUGCGCACAGGCAUCAACUUGUUGGACGACGUUGCAAACAACGGCUCGAAUUUCAAGGAAGCGUUCAGAUAUCGUACUAAAGAGUCUGGAAAAAAAUUGAAGAGAAAAGCCGGUAGCGAGCAUUACUUUGAUCUGGCUCACACUAUACUUCAUGUUCAAGCUAAAAUCGUACCCGCUGACGAGGCAACCGCAACGACCGAAGACCUUAAACUCGGACCGAUCAACAAUUUCAUGCAUUCAAUGUUCAAUCAGAUUGACGUUUUUUUCAAUCAGAAAAUUGUUUCGCCGCCUAAUAACGCCUAUCCUUACAGAGCGUACAUCGAGACGCUUCUCAAUUACGCUCCAGCUGAUAAAGAGUCACAUCUUACAGCGAGUAUGUUGUACGACGACACGAGCGGCGGUUUCGAUUCGCCAGCUAAUGCCGUGAGCACUGCCACAGCACCUAUGAUCGAUAAAAUGCUGAUUAAUGGCGUAGAAAUGUACGUACGUCUAGUGAGGAGUAAGGAUGCUUUUUGUCUGAUGGACGCGACAGCCGAUGGAAAAUUCAAAGUCAGCAUCAAAGAAGCUACACUCAUAGUUCGCAGAGUAAAAAUCAGUCCUGGAAUUUUACUGGCUCAUGCGCGUUAUCAAAAACCACGGAUAAUAUCCCAUAACGAGAGUCGAAGUUAA